AUGGGCCCCUGUACCGCCUCCUCAUGCUGCUGCCAGGCCCGUAAUCUGCCAUGGGCCCCCGUACCAACUCCUCAUGCUGCUGCCAGGCCCGUAAUCUGUCAUGGGCCCCUGUACCGCCUCCUCAUGCUGCUGCCAGGUCCAGAGUGUGUCAUGGGUCCCUGUAUGGCCUCCCAUUGCUGCUGUCUCCAUCGCCAUACUCUGCCAUGUGCCACUUUCAGGUCUCCUCACACUGCUGGUGGGUUCCAUUUUUUCAUAGGGUGCUGUAUGGCCUCCCAUUGCUGCUGCCUCCACCGCCACACUGUGGCUCCACACUCUGGUUUUGGCCCCGUGACUGCCCAAAUGAGUGAAGUGUGCGGUGAUUCUAAGAUCGACGGCACUCAUCUGCAUGUCAUACUGACUGACAGUAUUAUUUCUCUUCCCCAGCAGACUCCAAGGGCAUUUAAAUUAAAGGUACAGUGUUCUGCACUAAUAUAA